AUGCCGACACCCGCCGAGAUUACCGAGGCAGAACGCAAGAUGCAAGAGCGUCUUGCAAAGUACAAGAAGAAGAUGGAAGCCCGAAAGUCAGAGGAAGAUGCCAAGAAAAUCGAGGAGAAAAAGAAAAAGGAAGAAAAGAUGAAGCAGCGCAAGGAAAAGCAAGCCAAGACGGAAGCCAUCAUUGAAGAAGAAAAACGCAAGGCUCGGCAAAAGAUGGACGAAGUCAGACAACAACGCGAAGAAGAGGCGAAAAAGCGAAAGGAAAUGGAGGAACAAAAGAAAAAACAACGAGAGGCACAACGGCAAAAGUCGGUUUCCCCCAUGAGGAACAGAUUUCAACGGGAA